AUGGCUACAAAAACGGACAGCUUCGGGUUCAAUGCGACGAAAUUGUUUCAAGUGGCCCGCGACUGUUCGCCGGACGAACAUAAACAUACGCAGAAUCUGGUGGAAUCGAAAGAUGAUAUGCUGUUCGUAUGGAAUGCGAAGAACUGUUGUAUUCUGGUGUUGAACUGGCGUGCCGCAGCUUCCCGCAAGAAGGAUAACCUAAAGCAUCAGACGCUGAUUCCUUCGGCACCGCAAAACUUCACGGUGCAAAAGAUACUGCCAUCCACGGACGGGACCUUUCUCGCGCUGGCCGGUCCGAAGGGUUUCUCCAUUAUCGAAUUGCCCCGGCGCUGGGGCCCCAACGGUCAGUACCAGAACGGCAAGGAGUGCAUCAUCUGUCGUGCUUACAAUCUGGAUGAAUAUCUGUUUAACGAAAAUGCAAUGGUCGAGCUGCUACAGAUUCGCUGGCAUCCGGCAUCGCCGACAGAUUCACACUUGCUCGCACUGCUGUCGGACAAUUCGAUAAGAGUGUACGAUGUGGACUCGCUGCGUCAUGUAUGGCGCAUUGGACCGACACCAACACCGCAACCCGUCAACGGUACCGGUAGCGGUAAGGCUGGGAGCAAACGCGCCUCCGCCGCCGGUAUCGCCGGAUCGCCCGGGCCCAACGUAUCCACGGCCGGUAUCACUUCGAAGCUCGCCUAUCUUAACAGUCUGGGCGAUACGGCUGUUGAUUUUGACAUCGCACCGCCACGUGUGGUUUCUUCCGCCACCGGUGGAAGUGGCCCUAUCGCCGAUACCACGUUCUCACCGACGACGACCCUGUCAACGACGUCGUCAACGGUCACCACAGCGAAACCGGCCAUUACUCCGAAGGAAGGCACCCUCAUGAAUGAUUCUUUGAUCGCGCAGAAGAAUAAAAAGGCCUCCGCCGGUGCAGCCGGUACGAAAGUUGAAUGGCCGAUAGUGAUUCUGCGAGGCGACGGUAAUGUGUAUGUACUUUGUGCCGGCAUCGACACCAAUCGGCCAAAACUGCAGGGUCCGAUUUCGAUUCAGCCGCAGGUCGACGAUAACUAUGGACUCGAUUCCUGUUCGCUCAUCGUCAUCCCGACGCUGCCACCGACGGUCAUCAUUGCCGAAAGCACGGGCAAAACACAUCAUGCACUCUUCCUCGAGGAGUCCUGCCCGCUCGAACGGUUCCACACGUCCGAGCUAGCCGACAGCAAUCUUACCAUGCACCCGUGCGAGUGGUACCUGCACGUAUUGGAAACGGUCGAACUCGAGCUUGGCCUACCGAGCGUGGAGGAAACGAAGGAGGCCAAAUCCUACUCGUGUCCGUUGCAUCUCAAGCGCGACCCGCUGAACGAGGCCCGCUACUUUGCCUACCACAACGCGGGUUUGCACGCUGUCACGCUGGAUUUCACUCGUCCGCUGCAUGCAUUCGUCCAGCAGGAGACCGAAGACGAGGAUCUGGUGGAGAAGUAUCCCCUGUUCAAUUCACAUAGCCGGGCCGAAUACGUCGUUUGCACGAAGGCGCUGCAGAAUGCCAACACGAACGCUGUGCUCGGUUUUACACUGCUCCAGUCACCUUCCGGGUUGGUAUUGUUCCUUGCCUCCGGUCAGGUCGUUUCGCUGGAUCUGAUUACCGAUCACAGUUUGAUUCGAAAGUGGCCACUUGCGGGAUCGAACAAAAAGCCCAACAAUGCCGAAUCACCCAUAAAAAAUAUGUUGAAAGACUCAUUCCAAAAACGCAUACAAUCGAUUCUCAAGUCGGGCCUCACACAACCCAUCCUGAAGCUGGACCAAACCACUGAACCAACACCACAGGAAGCGUUCGAGCUGCUGACACAGGCUACGCGAAUGCUGCGGGAGAACUAUUUCGUGCGGCACGACAAGGCUCGCCAAGAGAUAGAAAAACGCGAACACGUCCUAAAGCUGCUGAAGCAGCAGCAACUGUGCGAUAUUGAGGAAUUGCAGGCGGAAAAGCAAAAGAUUCGCGCCACGGCUGAACGGUUGGCAGAAUUCUAUGAAGAUCUAUGCGACAAGCAAAACUCCCUGUACAAGCGGGCUCAGGAAGUGGUGCGGCUGUCAACGUUACGACUUCCAAAGGGAUCCUUCUCCGAGAAGCAAUUCACCGAGAGGAUCGAAAAGAUUCACCAGUCGGUUAAGUUGUUGCAGAAAAACGUUGAUCAGGCCAAACAAAAGAUAACCACGCAGCAGAUAGAGCUGGAAUCGAACAAGAAAACGGUAAAGGAGAAGACGUUCACAUUGCCGGUCAAGCAGGAAGACAUCAUAAAGCAGAUCAUUGGAGAAAUGUACACACAAAUCGAUUCAAACGUGAAGGACGUGAAGAAGAUGAGCGGCAUUCUGAACCUCACCUGA